AUGUCGUCCGCGCCGCCCGCCCACCAACCCAAACCCUCCUACCAGCGCCGCCCUCCCAACUCCGGGCCGAGACAGCAGCCGCCGCCGCCGCAGCACCAGCAGCAGCGCUACGUCCCCAAAUCCGCCGCCCCUUCCGCUCCUAAACCCUCGCCCCCACCACCGCUCACCACCGCCCUCCGAUCAUCGGCCACCCCGCCUGCAUCUGGCGCCGGCAGCAGCGGCGGCGGCGGUGCGGCCGAUGGGUUCGUGUUCUACCUGCCGCACGACGAGGCGCUCGCGGCCGGGCUCGGCGGCCUCGACGCCCAGGAGUCGCAGGCCGUCGUCGACCUCCUCAACGACGCGCUCGCGUCGCUCCUCCGUGCCAAGCCUCGCGAGUUCUGGCGCCAGGUGGCACAGAAUGCCUCUCUGCAUGCAUUCCUAGAUAGUUACCUACAAUUCAGACACCGGUGGUAUGAUUUGCCACACAGGGGCCCCAAAGGGACAGUUGCUGGUUUGGUUGUUGGGGAGCUUGAGCUUUGCCGCCGUGUCUUUAUGGUCCUCUACCGCAUAUCAUCAAACAAGGAUCCUGGAUCAGGCCCGGGUGAGUCCCUUAGUACGAAGGAGCAUACAGCCCUUCUACAGGAGAAAAAACUGCUUGAUCUACCAAAGUUGUUGGAUAUAUGUGCUAUAUAUGGGCAUGACAAUGGGGAGUUGACAAGUUCACUGGUUACAAAUGCAAUCAUUGUGCAGCCCAAUUUACUCGAUGGCAUCAAUACUGUCCUUCCCCAAUUCCUGGACAUUUUCCACACAAUGCAGGACAGAUGCAUGGACUCACUACAGGUGCUCAGUUCACCUGGACCAAAUGUCAGUGGACAUACCCAGCUUCAGAAAGAUUUCUCGGAGGUGCUGGAUUUUGUUAAUGAUGCAAUUAUUACUCUGGAUGCCUUUGCUGAUGCUUACCAGCCUGCUGCAUUAUUAUUAUGUGCUUCUUUUGAAAGAGGGGAUCGAGUUGAGGAAUUGCUGAACACCCUUGCAAGUUUGUAUGAUUUGUUGUUACCAUCUUUGCUUCAGGGGUUUCAAGUUAUGUCCAGUUCCCAAAGCAAUGGAGAGACUUCGUCUGAAAGUAUACUUAAUGACAUAGUUCUUGGCAUAAGAAUGCUAUCAAAGAGAGCUGUUGGAUUUGGUUGGAGAUUAUUAGAGUUCUGCUAUUUAAAUUAUCAACUUAAGGAGGAGGAUGUCCAAGCAUCUACUAAGAUGUUUCCAGCUAAAGUCGAAGAUCCUAUGAUCAGGGGAGAAAUAAUAGUUCAAAUACUCAAGGAUAUCAAUAGAGAAGCUACUUACUCUUCUAAAGGGAAUCCUGGAAAGACGUUUCUGCAAGCUCUUCAAAAGGAAUUUCAGUUGAUGAGCCGGAUUGGCGAUAUUCGGAACAAAGGAUGGAUAUACAUGGAGGAUGAGCAGUUCCAGUUCAUAUCACGGCUGUGCGGAUCCACUGUCACUUCUUGGAAUAGUGUCCCUGAUUUGCCAAUAUCUUCCCAUGGUGGUGAACUUCAACAGAAGAAUGAGGAAGCUGCUGUCAUUGAGUCCAAGAUUAGUCAGAUAAGGGACCUUCUUCCUCAUUAUGGGAAAGGUUUCCUUGCUGCUUGCUUGGAAGCCUACAACCAGAACCCUGAGGAAGUUAUCCAAAGGAUACUAGAUGUAACACUUCAUCAGGAUCUUCUAGCUUUAGAUACUUCGUUACAAGAGAUGCCACAACAAAAAUCUGCACCUAGUGUUGCGAAAGAUAAAGGCAAAGGCGUACUAGUGGAAACUAUUCCUAAUAUUGCAAAUAAACCCCAUAAAGUUGAAGCCCAAUCUUCUUCAGUCUCAUCAGCAUCCAAGGCUCCUAUCUCAUAUUUAUCUUCAGUUUCAUCAGCAUCCAAGGCUCCUGCCUCAUCUGUAUCAUCAGUUCCACAAGGUAGAUUUACAAGGAAGACCAAUGAUGAUCUGCCCAACUUUGCAGUUCUAGACUCGCAAAAAGCCAAAGACGCUGUUAAGUCAGCUGUCCUUGAUUCCCAGUAUGAGUACGAGGAUGAGUAUGAUGACUCGUUUGAUGAUCUUGGCUUCAGCGUGGCGGAGUCAAGUUACGAGGAAGCAGAGGGCGCCAAUGAUGCUGAGGGUUCCUCCAGUGGCCCACGUUGGUCUUCACAGAAGAAGCCACAGUUUUAUGUCAAGGACGGGAAGAACUACAGCUACAAGGUUGCUGGUUCAGUUGCUGUAUCAAAUGCUCGAGAGGCAGCAGUCUUAAACAAUACUCAGAAAGAUACAAUUCAUGGUCUUGGUCGUGGUGGAAAUUUACCUAUUGGUGGAAAUUUACCUAUGGGAGUUCCCAACAGGCAGCAUAGAGUUGUGGAGGAAGAGGAGGGUGGUCAUGCAAACAGCUUCAGCAGAGGAGGCUCGAAUCCCCGUGGUCGGGGCAGGGGCAGAAGAGGUGGCUGGGAUCAGGGUAACCCAGCAGAGGAGAACGAGAAUUCUAGUGGGCCACAAAGUUUUGGCCGUGAUGGAAGAAGAGGCGGCAGGAACCAUGGCAACCUGCCAGAGGUAAACGAUGGCCAACAAGGUUUUGGCCGUGGUGCAAGAAGAGGGACCAAGGAUGAUGACAAUCGACCAGAAAUGAACAACCACUCUAAUGUCCAGCAAGGUUUUGGUCGUGGCGCAAGAAGAGGGGCCAGGGACGAGGACAACCGGCCAGAGGUGAACAACCAUCCUAAUGCCCAGCAAGGUUUUGGUCGUGGCGCAAGAAGAGGGGACAGGGCCGAGGACAACAGGCCAGAAGGGAAUAACCAUGGCCAGCAAGGUUUUGGUCGUGGUGGAAGAAGAGGGGACAGGGACGAAGACAACAGGCCAGAAGGGAAUAACCAUGGCCAGCAAGGUUUUGGUCGUGGUGGAAGAAGAGGGGACAGGGAAGAGGACAACAGGCCAGAAGUGAAUAACCAUGGCCAGCAAGGUUUUGGCCGUGGUGCAAGAAGAGGGGACAGGAACCAUGACGAUCCAGUGGAGGACAAUGAAGACCGUAAUGCAGCACAAGGUUUCGCUCGAGGAGGGCCAGGCCCCCGUGGAGGGGGCGGAAGGAGAGGCGGCCAGAAUCAUAACCGGAGGGAUCAGGCGCUGAGGAAGCAUAUGCAAGGAAUGACAGGGCUUUAG